CCAUACUUAAUUAACAGUACAACAGCGGCUGUCGAGGAGGAAAGAACAUGAUUGAAAAGUUGUUGUGAGGCAAAAAAUUACAAUACAUAAAAAUAUAUGAAACAAUAUGGUGCUAAAAUGUCAAGUAAACUUGGAUAAUCCAAAAGGUGUUUAUGAACCUGGCGACAAACUCAUCGGACAUGUGAUAUUAACAUUGGAAGUGCGGCUGCUAAUCAAAGCGGUUGCCAUCAAAUAUACGGGUUUCGCUGAGGUGAAAUGGGAAAAAGAUCUACCACCGAAGAAAGCGAAAAAAGUAAAGCUAAAAAAGGAAUCGGAGCAACCGUCAAAUGUUGAACAACCCGUUGAGCAGUUCAUAGAGGUUUACAACAAUCGUGAAGACUUUCUGUCCAGUGUCAAUUAUUUUGUCGGUUCUGAAGAAGCCACAGCCAGAAUCAUUGAGCGUGGCAUUUACACUUACCCGUUCACCGUCACACUGCCACAAAGCUGUCCGUCCACUUUUGAAAGUGCCAACGGACAUAUACGCUAUAUGCUUGAAGUAUUCGUCGAUCAUAAGAACAAACGUGAAGUAUGGUAUACACAACAAUUGCAAGUGCUCAAGCCACUCGAUCUCCGCCAGUGUCCACAAAUAGCCGCACAAGCACGUAAUGUGCUCGUCGAUGAGGGUAUACUCUGGCAUUUCUUUAAACAUCCCAUGAAAAUGUGUGUGAACUUACAGCAGUUUGGUUUUGUUCCUGGCGAAGCACUCUCAAUACACGUCUCAAUACAGAAUCCCGAUAAUUUGCGUUUACACGAACUAUCCUACGAGUUGCAGCAAAUUUGUCGCAUAACCGCUUCGCAUGGUCAUAAUAAAACGAAAACCAAAUAUUUCCAUACCACAUUGGCUAAAGCCGUACAUACUAUCUGCGGUCCACCGGUAGCAAGUGUGCAACAUUUGCAAGAGCUCUACAUGCCCCAAACUGUGCCGAGUACCGAUCCAGACGAUUGUCAUUGCUUGCAAAUAAGUUACGAGUUGAGUGUACGGCUAAGCACGGAUAAUGUGAAACGUUCGGUGCACGCAAAGAUACCGAUCGUUGUGGGCACCGUAUCAUUACGAAGUGCAGAAGAAGCGCGUACGCUACCUAGCUUAUUUCAAGCGGGGGUUUUUUCAACGUGUAGCAUGGAAAAUUUGUCGUCGAAAGCUAGUGAGUGUAAUAGGUCACCAAUAGUGGAAGUUCCAGAUAAUUUUGCUAUGGCAACUGCUCCCGAACCCGAGUCUCCCAUCCAAAAUGUGCUUCAGCUUAAUUUGGGCUCCUCUUCCUUUCGCGAAGCGUCGCAUUUGCCGAAAACCAAAUUCGAUGCCGAACCAAAGAAAUCGAAACACACGAAAGAACAAAUCGAUUUUAAACCAACAUAUCUCUACUAUGACAUCGAUAAUAUGUCAGGUGUACGAAAUGAUGCUGCUAUUACGACAACAACAACAGAAAACACAACAACAACAACAGUGCCCAGCGCUACAGAGUCGCCACAACAAAAUGACAUUGAAGCGCAAAACUCUGAAAACAGAGCUUACGCUGGAGUUGUGCAACAGUUAAGAGCAAUGCAGGAGCGUAACAGUAUUGUAAAUGGCUCUUCAUAA